AUGUGCGCCCCCGCUAAAUCUCUCAAUGAAAAUUGUACUUUUGACUAUGAAUGCUAGAACUAAUAUGUAUGUAGCAAAGUGAACACCACUCAUGCUAAGACCUGCUUGAAGAGAUGGAGUUUGCCUGAAGGGAGUUCCACCAGUGAUCCAAGACUAUGCUUGACAAGCUUCACAACAACUAAGGGAAUUUGCUCAUUAAUAUAAUCAAGUUAUUAGAUUAGAAAUACCUCAACAGACUGUAAUAUCAAUUCUAAUAAUGGGAAAUGUGUGGCUAUCAUGAACUUUGACAAAUCGGAAAGAUCAGAUUUAAUUUUUUGCUAAUGCUCGUUAUUUGACACUGUAAGCUACUGCAGAUGGCCAGGACUGAGUAUUUCUCUAAGAUUCUACAAUCUCGCUUCAAAACUUUAUUAAUAAAGUCCCUACUGUUCUAGAUCUUCUCUGCUUGAUGAUCCUCUUAAAAUAAACUUUGCUGAGAUAAAGUCUUGCACUUCACUUAGCAUGGAUCUAUUCAAGGAGUUUGUUGAUUUUGCUAAUAGAUGGAUUUACGCUGCUCCAUUAAAAAGUUCAUAUUAUAACUCUACAUGUUUUGAGCAGAUAGCAGUAACAAGCUAGAAAUAACUAGGGUCAAUAGUCAAUAAGGGGCACGAAGAAGUAUACCUAGAAGAAGGAAUAUAUAUAAAAAUGUAUUUGCAUAUAUUAUGGUUGUGUAUAUUAACUUUAUUCUUAAUUUGA